GAUAUCUUUGAACUAUGCAUAUUACUAAACUUGGACUCCACCAGAAGCAAGGUUAAAUUGAUAAAGCAUCUUGCAGAAACCAGAAAACAAAGUCAAAAUCAUAUGCAAGAAACAGACAUACACUCAAUAGAUACUCCAAUAGGAGAACCCUCUGAACAAACAAAUGAACCCUCUCUUAUAACUGAAUUUAUAUCAAGUCCUGCAUCAGAAACUUCAAGUAACAAGGAAAUUAGGGAGAAAAGAUCUAACAAAAGACAAAAAAACACCAAGAUGAAAGAAACAGAAAUAAGGAAGCUACUGAAGGAGAUCAA